UCUGUAAGUGUUGGAGGAGGUUGAUGUAAGCCGGGAAUUCUCUUAAAGAGAGGAAAUAUCAUGGCUUUGAACCUUAUCGUCAACUCUAGCAACCCACCACUGGGGGCACUGCUGGCUGCAGAGCAUGUGAAGGGUACAGUGAACGUGUCUGUGCAGGAGGGCAAAGACACCAAGCUCCAUGUCUCUGAUCAGGUGCAGUUUAAUGAUGUUAAUUCUAUCACACGUUACCUUGCACGAGUGGCACCCAGUCUGGGUCUAUAUGGCUCCAAUAUGCUGGAACAGACCGAGGUUGACCACUGGCUGGAGUUUAGUGUCAGGCGUUUGUGUGGCCAGUCCAAAGUAGCUCCAGCCCUGGGGGAACUGGACAGAGCCUUAGCUCUGCGGACUUUUCUUGUAGGUCAUAGUUUGACCUUGGCCGACCUCUGUGUAUGGGCUGCCCUGAAAGGAAGUGGGGAAUGGCAAGCUAUCCAGGCUUCCAAAUCCGGUAGCUUCCGUCACUUGUACCGGUGGUUCUCCUUCUUGAGUUCUCAGGCUCCCUUCGCUACUGUGGGAAACCAGUGGGCCAGCAAGAUCACUGCCAGUAAAGCAGCGACUGACGAGAAAGAAAAAAAACAGGAUUUGGGGAAGUUUGUGGAGCUGCCUGGUGCUGAGAUGGGCAAAGUGGUAGUUCGAUUUCCUCCAGAGGCUAGUGGGUAUCUGCAUAUUGGCCAUGCCAAGGCAGCUCUGCUUAAUCAGCACUAUCAGGUCUCUUUCAAGGGCAAACUAAUCAUGCGCUUUGACGACACCAACCCAGAGAAGGAGAAGGAGGACUUUGAGAAGGUGAUCCUGGAGGAUGUGGCCAUGCUGCAGAUUAAACCUGACCAGUUCACCUACACCAGCGACAGUUUCCCCAUCAUCUUACGCAUGGCAGAGCAGCUUCUGAAGGAGGGCAAGGCCUACAUUGAUGACACACCCCCGGACGUCAUGAAGCAAGAGAGAGAGCAGAGAGUAGAGUCUCGCAACCGCAACAACUCUGUGGAGAAGAACAUACAGAUGUGGGAGGAGAUGAAGGCAGGGACAGAGUAUGGACAGACCUGCUGCAUGAGGGCCAAGAUUGACAUGAAGUCCAACAACGGCUGCAUGCGUGACCCCACCCUCUACCGCUGCAAGAACGCCCCCCAUCCCCGCACAGGCGACACCUACAAAGUGUACCCAACCUAUGACUUUGCCUGUCCCAUCGUGGACAGUCUGGAGGGCGUGACACACGCGCUGCGUACCACUGAGUACCAUGACCGCGAUGAGCAGUUCUACUGGGUGAUUGACGCGCUGGGUCUGAGGAAGCCCUACAUCUGGGAGUACGCACGACUCAACCUCAACAACACUGUGCUCUCCAAGAGAAAACUCACCUGGUUUGUGGACCAAGGUUACGUGGACGGCUGGGACGACCCUCGCUUUCCCACAGUCAGAGGCGUCCUGCGCAGAGGCAUGACUGUCGAAGGGCUCAAACAGUUUAUUGCCGCUCAGGGUGGAUCCAGGUCUGUGGUUAACAUGGAGUGGGACAAGAUCUGGGCGUUCAACAAAAAGGUCAUUGACCCUGUGGCUCCCAGAUACACUGCCUUGUUAGAGUCUCAGGUUGUUCCCAUUUCCAUCCCUGAGGCCAAGGAGGAGAUGAAAGAGGCUGCCAGACACCCCAAGAAUGCAGAUGUGGGUAUGAAGCAGGUCUGGUAUGGACCGAAGGUGUUUGUUGAGGGGGCUGAUGCAGAAACUUUCACAGAGGGAGAGAUGGUCACCUUCAUCAACUGGGGCAACAUCAUCAUCACAAAGAUCCACAGAGAUGCCGGUGGAGCAGUCACCUCACUGGAGGGUCGUCUGAACCUGGAGAAUACAGAUUACAAAAAGACCACCAAGAUCACCUGGCUGACAGACACCCAGCGCGCACCCAUCACACCCACUAUCUGUGUCACCUAUCAGCACCUUAUCAGCAAACCUGUGCUGGGAAAAGAUGAUGACUUCAAAGACUACAUCAACAAAAACAGCAAGGUGGAGGAGAAAAUGAUGGGAGACCCAUGUUUGAAGGAUCUGAAGAAAGGUGACAUCAUCCAGCUUCAGAGACGAGGCUUUUACGUCUGUGACCAGCCUUAUGAACCAGUCAGUCCUAACAGCUGUAAGGAGAGUCCCUGUGUGCUUUUGUAUGUCCCUGAUGGUCACACUAAGGAAAUGCCCACCUCUGGCUCCAAGGACAAGAGCAAGAGUCAGGGUUCCAGUAAACCCACUGUGAGUGUGAAAGCAGAAACUGGUUCUCCAAGCAAACAAUCCAAACAGGCUCCUGCAGCCAGCUCAGGAGAUGCUUCAGUUGUAUUCAACAAAAUAGUUGCUCAGGGAGAGUUGGUGAGACAGCUGAAGACAGACAAGGCCCCCAAAGAGCAGGUGGAUCCCGCGGUGAAGCAGCUCUUGGCCCUGAAGGCUGAGUUUAAGCAGCUGACUGGGCAAGAGUACAAGCCUGGCAUGGCCCCUCCCACUUCAUCUUCUGUACAGAGUAGCCCCACCCCAGCUGUGACGGACUCUGCCUCUUGCCCCUAUACACGUGUGGCCCAACAGGGGGAGGUCGUCAGAAAACUGAAGGCAGAAAAAGCUCCUAAGGACCAGAUAGAUGCAGCUGUGAAACAGCUUCUUGAUCUCAAAGCCGAGUUUAAACAACUAACUGGGCAAGAGUACAAACCCGGCAUGGCCCCGACUCCCACAACUACCUCUCAACCUGCCGCCUCCUCAUCUGGCUCUUCUCCUGCUGCCAUGUAUGCACGUGUGGCUGAGCAGGGAGACUUGGUGAGGAAACUCAAGACAGAGAAAGCUCCUAAGGACCAGGUGGAGGCAGCAGUGAAGCAGCUGUUGGCUCUGAAGACGGAGUAUAAGCAGGUGACAGGUCAGGAGUAUAAACCAGGGGCUCCUCCGGCCAGCGCCGCCCCAGUACAGUCCGCUCCUGCUCCCACAGUGACCAGCUCCUCCACAGGGAUCUAUGAGCGUGUGGCUCAGCAGGGUGAUCUUGUAAGGAAGCUGAAAGCAGAGAAGGCACCAAAGGAUCAGGUGGACGCCGCUGUGAAGCAGCUGCUAGAGCUCAAAGCUGAGUACAAACAGCAGACUGGACAGGAGUACAAACCAGGCGCCCCUCCCACUUCAGCUCCUGCCCAGACCAACCCCACCCCACCAAACUCUAGCUCCUCCCCCCAGGCCCAGGCUCUCUUUGCUCAGGUGGCCCAACAGGGGGAGCAAGUGAGACGGCUCAAAACAGAGAAAGCUCCAAAGGACCAAGUAGAUGCUGCAGUGAAGAUUCUGCUGGAGCUGAAGGGCCAGUACAAAGCACUCACUGGUGAAGAGUACAAGCCAGUCACCACCCCAUCAGCUGCUGCACCAGCUGGCGGAGAAGAUAAGAGCCGCAAAGAGAGGGAGAAUAAAUCUGAGAAACAGGGAGGAGGUGGACGCAAACAGCAAAAAGGAGGAGAGAAAGCUCAGCAGGGACAGGAGGCUGGAGCAGGGGGAGCAGGAGAGGGCCAGGGGCCCAAAAAACAGACACGGUUAGGGCUGGAGGCCAAGAAAGAGGAAAACCUGGCAGACUGGUAUUCACAGGUGAUCACUAAAGCAGAAAUGAUUGAGUACUAUGACGUGAGUGGAUGUUACGUGCUGAGACCAUGGUCCUAUGCGAUCUGGGAGGCAAUCAAAGAUUUCUUUGAUCGAGAGAUCAAGAAACUGGGCGUGGAGAACUGCUACUUCCCGAUGUUUGUCUCUCAGGCAGCUCUGGAGAAGGAGAAAACGCACAUUGAGGACUUUGCCCCUGAGGUUGCCUGGGUGACGAGAUCAGGGAAGACUGAGCUGGCGGAGCCCAUUGCUGUGCGUCCUACUAGUGAAACAGUAAUGUAUCCAGCCUAUGCCAAAUGGGUCCAGUCCCACAGAGAUUUGCCCAUCAAACUCAAUCAGUGGUGUAAUGUUGUGCGUUGGGAGUUUAAACAUCCUCAGCCUUUCCUUAGGACCAGAGAGUUUUUAUGGCAAGAGGGACACACAGCCUUUGCUACCAAGGAGGAGGCCGCAGAGGAGGUACUGCAAAUCCUUGACCUUUAUGCACGUGUAUAUGAGGAAUUAAUGGCCAUCCCAGUUGUGAAAGGCAGGAAAACUGAGAAGGAAAAGUUUGCUGGAGGAGACUAUACAACCACUAUUGAGGCCUUCAUCUCUGCCAGUGGUAGAGCCAUCCAGGGUGCAACAUCUCACCACCUGGGUCAGAACUUCUCUAAGAUGUUUGAGAUUGUCUUUGAGGAUCCUAAGAAACCAGGUGAGAAGCAGCUGGCCUAUCAGAACUCAUGGGGCAUCACUACACGCACUAUUGGUGUCCUCACUAUGGUACAUGGAGACAACAUGGGACUGGUGCUUCCACCCAGGGUGGCCUGUCUACAGGUGAUCGUCAUCCCAUGUGGGAUCACAGCAUCUCUGCUGGAAGCUGACAAAGAAGUGCUCUUAACUCAGUGCAACAGCUAUGUCUCCAGGCUGCAGAAAGCCGGCGUCAGAGUGAGGGCCGACCUCCGCGAUAACUAUUCUCCAGGCUGGAAGUUCAACCACUGGGAACUGAAGGGUGUUCCAAUAAGGUUGGAGGUUGGGCCUAAGGAUCUGAAACAGGGUCAGUGUGUGGCAGUGAGGAGAGACACAGGAGAGAAGAUUACUGUGCCAGAUGCUGAUGCUGAGAAUAGAAUCUCUAACCUGCUGGAGGAGAUCCAGAACAAUCUCUUCAAAAAGGCCUCAGAUGACUUGAAAAAACACAUGGUAACAGCUGACAGUAUGGAUCAGUUCCAGAAGGAGCUGGACCAGGGCAGGAUUGUUCAGAUCCCAUUCUGUGGAGGUAUUGAGUGUGAGGAUUGGAUCAAAAAGACCACAGCCAAGGAUCAGGACCUGGAGCCUGGUGCUCCUUCCAUGGGAGCCAAGAGUCUGUGCAUUCCCUUCCAACCUCUCAAGACUCUGCAGCCGGGGCAGAUGUGCGUCAGUGGCAAAGAGCCAGCCAAAUUUUACACCCUGUUUGGCCGCAGUUACUGAGACAGCGCUAACUACUCCUAACCUAUCCCAUCCAUGCCAAUGCUAACUCUUGACACCCUGUAGGACAUCAGAAGCACUCAUAUGAAAUGCAGUAACUUAUGAAAUUCACUGCAACCACUAAUAUAUAGUUAUAACUAUACUGCAGUCCUCCAGUCCCCUAUGAAGAGACCGGUGUCUCUCCCUCUCUCCCUCUGCCUUACCAUUCUCAGGACUUCUCUGUUUGUUAGCUGGACAGGCACUGUCUGGGGAGAGUCACCUGUCAAUAGUAAAAUCCUUGGAAAGGACAGUAGUGACAUCUCUUGAGCUUUUGUAGCACGGAAUAUAUGUGAUGUUUCCAAGAAUGAAGCCUUGUUCAUUUUUGUCAUAAAGUACAUAUGAUGAUGAAAAAACUUCUAAGUCUUGUAAUAUGAAUCUGUAAUGCAGGGGUGUCUCCUUAACCUGAAUUGUAUACCAUGUCUGUAACAAAGGGAUUCUUUCAUGA